AUGUCAACCUUCAAUAUUAGACAAUUGGAAGAUAGCGCACGUGAUGUGGAUCCGGAUCUCCGUUACAUGGCGCUCGAAGACUUCGCCAAACAUCUUAACAAUCCCAAAGUUCAGGCCAGAAAUGUCUCCAGUUUCAUCCCUCUCCUUAUAACAUUGCUCAAUGACAGUGCCACUGAGGUUCAGAAUCAAGCAGUUAAAUCUUUUGCUCCGUUAGUUCGUCACAUUGAUGACCAGGAAGUCUUAUCCGUGGUGAACAUGUUGUAUGACGCUGUAUUGAAAAGCUCCAACACCUCCAAAUUCUCCACUUCUGUUCCAAAUUUGGCAUUGCGUUCGAUCUUCAACAAUUCAGGAUCUAGAUUUGGAAAAGCAUUGGCGAGGAAUGUGAUUGACUCGUUAUUUCCUCGUCUAUUCGCCACAGAUACCCCAGUCACUAUUGAUAGUAUUGAGAUUAUCAUUGACUUGAUCAAAGCAUUGGGUGGAAUUUUAUCUGCCAAUGAGCUCUCAGGAAUGAUUUUAUCCUUGGUUCGCUUCGCCUACUCAGAGUCUGGCAUCAUAAGUAAAAGAGCCAUUGUGGCGGUGGAUUAUGCGUUGGACCAUGUUCAUCUGGUAACACAGGAGCAAACUGUGAGACAACUACAAUUCUUCGACAAGGUUGUGAACGACAUUCACCUCACCUACACAGCUACUAAUAAAGGUGUGACGGCAAAGAACACUCAGUUCACCUUGCUCCAAGUUGUGCUUGCGAAGGCUAACAAAGCUAAGCGUGACGUAUUCUCAGAAGUCUCAGCUCUGAUCAUCUUUUCUGAGAUCAACACCAGUUUGAAGCUUGAUUCGCUUGCCAGAUCCCUCAAUGUGGAAGACUUGGAUGUCGAUGUCUUGGUUCUGGAGAAUCUGGUACGUGAAGAUGCACUCAUCACUCUCUCCAGCCUCAUUAAUUGCAUAGCCUAUGAGACUUUCCUUCAUGCUUACGCCCAUCCUGUCGUGGAGAUUGUCAAAGCAUUUAUCUCAUAUGACCCACUUAGAUAUGAUAAUUCUGACGACGAUAUCGAGGAUGAUGAAUCUGAGAUUGAUUUUUCUGAUGAUGAGGAGUCAAUCGAGGUUGAAACCGCUGAGGACAACGAUGGUUUGGCAUCUAAACUUAGACUUCAAACCAUAGUGUUGAUCAAGCAAAUGACGCAAGCUUAUCCAGGAAUUCUCGGCAUCAUCUAUGGCGAAAACUUGGUCGAACCUCUCAUUGUGGCCAUUGGCGACAAGAAUGAUGCGGUGUCGAACGAAGCCAUUUUUACUACUAUUACCGUCUUGAAAGCCACUCACGCCGCUGCAACAGUCAGAUCACGUCCUAAUUCUGACAUAAGCAUGAUGACGGAGAGUGGAAACUCGGGAACUCCAUCUUCGCAAAUGACAACAAGAUUACCUCCUCUUCUCGAGGACUACGUCUUUAAUUGUCUCUUGACGACGAAAAAUAUCGCGAGAGUCUCGACAUCCAACGCAUUGAUUGAGUCAAUGGUUCGGGUCCUUGCAGUUUUCUUGUCCCCAUCAUUCUUGGAGAAUUUGUCAAACAAAUUCGAGGAAUUUAAGUUAACCCUCAAGACAAAUCCUGAUCUAAUCAAACUUUACAAGGUUAUUCUCAAGACCUACACAAUCGAAGAUAUACCUCCAAAGCUUCUUAGGUUCAUCUUUGAUGAUCUCGUUGGCUCACUUACGGAUAGCAAGACUUACUACAGCUUUAUUUCCGAUAUCUUAACAGUCUGCAAUGAGUUUUACCCAAAGGUGGCUGGCAACCAGGAAUACGUCGCCUUAGUCAACAAUACCUUGUUCACUCCAAUUGCGGAAAAGAUCAAUGUCAAGCAAUAUUCAAGUGAUGUGAGACAACACUCAUUAAACUCUCUCACGGAGCUUAUUGUGAACUUGGAUGUGUCAGAAAAUAAUCUCUCCCAUGCCAUUGAUAUCUACAAAGAAAGUAUGAACUACGAAGUCACUGUUAACUUCACCAUUGAGAACCUCAUCACUAUAUGUCAAAGGAGACCUCAAGUGUUCGACAAUCGUGAUUUAUGCAAUCUAGUUGUUGCCAAGCUUAACUCGUACCUAUCAUCCAGCGACUCGAGUUUGUAUGUCAACUCAUUAAUCCUACUUGACGCGAUCUUUGUCAACACGCUCUUCAAGGGCGAAAGAGGAGACUUGCAAACUUUGACCCAAAAUGUUUUUCAUUUGUUACUGGAGACCAAUGAUCCCAACCUCAUUAACAGGGCAAUCUGUAUUCUUGGUCAUGCCCUCAACUACAUCCCCGCUGAUGGUGAGUUUUUCAAGAAGCUCAUCAAUCAGGUCAUUAAUAUCAAGUGGAUUGAUGAGGACGACGUCGAGUUGCUGUCUCUUGAGUACUUGAUAAACCAAGUCACUAAGAAGUCGUCGCUUUCAGGUCAAGAGUUGUAUGAUAUUGGGUUGCAGAACCUCGUUUUGAGGAACUUCUUGAGUGCUAAAGUGUUGGCCAUCAUCACACUUGACUGUGACCUCAAAGAUAGAGUGUCGACUGCUGAAGCCGAACUCGCCUCUUUCUCUGACAAGACGGUUUCUUCGUCUUCAUUUGACAAGAUUGUGUUUGACAUUCAAUACUUGGGAUGCAUUGGUGAGGCAGUAGCCUUGACCGGGGUGACGUUUGAUGACUUCUUUUCGCUUAUGAUUUCUGACAACAACGACAUCCUUUGUCUCGCUGCCGCGAGAGCUGUUGGCUUGUGCAUCAAAAGAGAUGUUGAAACUUACUUGCCGGUACUUUUGAAAUAUUACCACUCAUCAAGCCAAAAUUCGGAACAAAAGGGCAGCUUGGUUUUAGUGGCUAUAAAACAAUUGAUGAAGGGCAACAUGAGUCACGAAAAGCAGAAUUUGUUGUCCCACAUCUGGCACAGUUUAUUUGACGUCAUCAGCUCAAAGGGGGGAAGCCUUACCCAUAAAGAUGUCUCGGAAUUGAAAUUGGCAGGUGAGGUUUUGGCCAAGAUAUGCGAGUUCACCAAACUGGACGAAUACCAGAAUAAGCUAUUUGACGUGUUGGAGAGUGGAGCUCUUGAGAAUAGUCAGAUCGAGCAUGCCAUCUACACUGUGGUAGUCAUCACAAAACAAUUGAUCAAUGACUCGGAAUCCCAGGAUUUGAAUGUGCAGCUAGUGGAGGAGAUUUUGCGGUACCUCUCGAAACCUAACUUAGAACUCAAGCAGGCCAUUGUUAGCACGCUCUUGACUGGCAUACACAACAAGUCGCUCUUAAUCCCGGACUUCCUCAACAACAACAUUCUACCAGGCAUUUACGAAGAAUUGGACGCAAAAGAAGAAUUCAAGAAGGUCAUCCCAAUGGGUCCUUACAAGUAUGUUGUGGAUGAGGGGCUCGAGGUGAGAAAGCUAUGUUACGAGCUCAUCAAUGCCAUUAUCAAUAUUGACAAUGAGCGCUUGAUGGAUAAGGAAGGAGGCGUGAAUCAGACGAAAAUGUUUGAGGUUUUGCUGGUCAAGGGUCUCAAUGACACCGAGAACAGCAUCGUGAUCAUGGCGAUCCAAAACCUCUUACAGAUUGUUUCAAACGACGAGAACGUGUUGCAUGCGAUUGCAAACCAGCAAGAGAUGAUUUCCGCUUUGACCAAGGUGAUCAACAAAAAAUUGCGGAGUAAAGCAAGCACGCAAGAGGCUGAAAGUCAGGAAGAGUCAUUGAGGAUGGUCAUCAAACUUCUGAAAGUGAUCAAUAACGUGCUUAUCCAUAGCAACAGUACAAGUGGGGAAUGGAGCAGUUAUUUCCAUGAGUUGAAGAACAAGCAUCAUCUUUUCUUCAUCAGCACAUCCCCCUCCCAUUUGGCGAGCUUGCCCCAGAGAUUGUGGGCGUUUGUUGUGGCAUUAUUUAUUACUGCGAUAGAGCGGAUCUGGCUGGUGCUAGAUCUGGGGCUCUACUUUGUUAUGAACGGGAUUCUCAUGGCGUUGCUGUUUGCCGACGCCUUGUUGGAUUUCUCUGAUCGGGCAGUACGCAACUACGAGCUCGCCAAAAAAGUCUUCAAGUUGUCAAUGUACAACAGCAUCAACUGA